CGUUCCCCCCUUAAUUGGGAGAUUUGUGACAAUUUCACUCUCUUUAAAGCUCACGGACUUCCUUCCUUCUAUUCCCUUGUCUCUUUCCUUUGGCUGUCGGAGCAACAACGCUUUCUUCUUCACCACCUGUUUACUCAUUUAUUCAUUUGCCUGAUUCACGCUCGCUCCCGCUGGUGCCUGACGGCAGGUUCGACGAUGGAUUACAUUCUUGGCGUCGCGGAUAACCUCUUCUUUGAUGCUAUCUAUGCUACCCUUUUGCCCGCCGGUUCGCUUGCAAGUUGGGCCGGUGCCAAUGAUACAUUGACGGAGGAGUAUAUGAAUCCUCCGAUAAUUGUUGACGACCCUAUCUCUCACUUCUUCGGAUUGAGGCCAUCUCAUCGAGCUUACGAAUCCCUGUUCCUGAGAGGGGAUUGGCAACGACAGGCCUUCUCGUUGUUUCUCAUCACUUGGAUCUUCGGUCUUGUUGUUUACCUUGUUUUUGCCUCACUGUCGUACUUUCUCAUCUUCGACAAGGAUACCUUCAAGCACCCCAAAUUUCUCAAAAACCAGAUUCGACAGGAGAUGGCCCAAACGAUACGCUCAUUGCCUAUCAUGGCUAUUUUUACGACCCCUUUCUUCUUGGCUGAGGUUCGUGGCUACUCGAAACUAUACGCAGAUGUUGAGCUCCAUGGAAAGUGGUAUUUGUGGUUCCAGUUCCCGCUGUUUUUGAUGUUUACCGAUUUCUGGAUUUACCUCAUCCACCGCGGACUUCACCACAAGAGUAUCUACAAGACCAUUCACAAGCCCCAUCACAAAUGGAUCAUGCCUACUCCAUUUGCCAGUCACGCGUUCCACCCAAUUGAUGGAUUUUCCCAGAGUAUCCCGUACCAUGUUUUCCCCUUUAUUUUCCCGCUUCACAAGUUCGCCUACAUCGGCCUUUUCAUCUUCAUUAACGUCUGGACUAUCAUGAUUCACGACGGAGAGUAUGUUGCAAACUCCCCUAUUGUUAACGGUGCCGCAUGCCACACCAUGCAUCACUUAUACUUCAACUACAACUAUGGCCAAUACACCACUCUCUGGGAUCGCCUCCUUGGCUCUUACCGCAAGCCCAACAUGGAACUUUUCUACAGGGAAACUAAGAUGGGCAAGGAUGAGUGGGAGAAGCAAGUCAAGGAGAUGGAAAAGGUUGUGAAAGAGGUUGAAGGAGAUGAUACCUUCAGAGAGUAUGCUGUCGAUGUUUCUCACAAGAAGACUAAAUGAUUGUGAUAUCAUUGUUUCGAGUCUGAUGUAUAUGUGGCGCCCCGUGGUUCUAUUUUUAUUUCUCUUUUUAGAUUAGAUGGUGGUGAAACCAGUGGGAAGUCAAAGUAUUAUAUCCUUGAUUUUCUAUGUUUUGUUUCGAUUUCUUUUGUUCAUUCGCCAUUAUUGGCGACUGGUAGGGGAAAUGACUAUAAGCAGAGUUUUCUUUUCCUUUUUCUUUUCUUUUCACUUUGUUUCUACUUCUGGGGAGGGGAUUUGGGCGCAUAUCAUACAUCUCUUGUAAUUGGCGUGUGGAUGAGUUUGGCUAGCACAUAAGUUAGUGAUUGAGGGUCUUUGGGCUCCUUUUGUCCGCUGUGCUGUGCUCUUUGAUUCUUCUGCUGUUGUGGGAUGUUAUCUUUUCCCGCUUUCUGUUUUAUACUUUAGGAGAUGGCGAAAUUGGCAAAUGUCCGAUGGAUGUUCAUAGCUUG